AUGCCCCCAAGCAAGAGGCGGGCCAUGUCCUGCCAGACCUGUCGGCGAUUAAAGACAAGAUGCGAAGUCAUCCCGGGGUGCAGACAGUGUCUCCGGUGUCAGAAUCUAAGACUUGCUCGAAUCGAGAGCUCCCUGGCUGAGAUUGCUGCGCUCCUGCGCUCCAAAGACUUCUCCUCUUCAUCCUGCAGUGCACCUGUAGCUGAGAAGGUCGAUGAAUCACAGGAAGAUCACCAGGCACCAGACUCGCCUGGCCGUUGCCAGCCUGAGCAGGGUGCUGGUUUUCACCUCACGACAGACGUUGAUAAUGAUGGGUUUCCACGCGCUGGAACCGGGGCAGCCGCGCAGAUUGCUCCCAUUCAGGUCGUGCGGCAGCUCAACAGUAUGAUCACUGGUGUGGCAUAUGGUGCUGAUAGCGGGGGUGAUAUUCUGGAUGAACUGUUGGGCAAUGGGAUAGAUCCUGAUGGACUGGGAGUCAUUUUGUUUCAGGGAUUCGUCCAAAUGGCAGCCCCCCUCCAAUUCUUCAAACCGAACUUCCAAUCCCUAAAGAGACACCAUCCCCUCCUCUUCGCCGCAUGUUUACUGGCGGGUAUCCAGACCACGUCUGUCCUGCGAGGCUCAGCACUACAUUCGUCUCUAUACAGAUCCGUCAGAGAUAACCUGGGCCGAACAAUGUUGAACACGCCAAUAGAGCUUUCGACUAUCCACACCAUGCUGGUAUUCUGCGUGUGGAACGUUGCGCAAGACUUUCGCGGUCGAUACGUGGAUAAUUGGUUUUUGAGCGGUUCUGCACUGUUGCAUUUAUUGCUUGUUCUUGAUUUUCGAAGCAUCAAUCACAUAGAUUGUGCUGGGGAUUUGCCGGUUCACGUUCAGGUUCAGGAGGGCCUGAGGACGUGGACGUUAGCCUUGUACUCCAUCGGAACUGGACAACCACUCGUCAUUGACAUCAGCCUCAUGGAGCGUCUCGUUUCACUAAUGCAGCGUGCUGAAACGGAAGUGGAUAGUUUGGAAGAGACCUCCACGGCGGAACUGCAGUUGUAUAUCCUGCUGUACAAAACUGUAGUCCAGAAAGAGGAUGAUAGCACUUCGAUGGAGAGGACGUGGGAAUCCAUCGAAGCGUGGGCAAAGAAGCAUAACAAGGAUAACAUGCCCGAUCUCAAACUCGCCUAUUCAUCAACCAGCCUUAUCCUAGCCCGCUGGGAUCUAGCGCAUCGAGCCUCAUCAGCAGACACCACCAACAACAUCAUCAUACUACGACUAAUAAACCAGGCCAUCUACCACUCCCACCAAAUCCUAGAACAAAUGAUGCAUCCCGACCGCGCACCAUCAUACGUCCACCAGACCUACAACACCCUUCUCCGCGCGUACGCAGGCGUCACGCUGGUCGAAUACGGAGUCUAUCUACCCGAUAUCCAGGGGACGUUUCGGUUGAUGGAACGGGUGCUUUGUUGUCCCGCUCAGGAGGAGAGGCUCGUUGAGCCGGUUUUUCAGUGGGCAACGAAUGUUAUGCGGAAGAGGGCGUUGGACGCGAUGCAUUGUUCUGUUGAGGUUGAUGAGCAGCAGCUUGCUGGUGGUGGUGGUGAUGCGUCUGCGCCGGACUGGACGAGGCAUUUUCUUGUUGAUGCUAUGUUUCCAUUUAAUUGAUUAGGGGUUCC